AUGCAACAUUCGCUGCUCUGCACCUCCAUUAAGUGUUAUGGACCGACAAAGACAGCUGGUGCCAUCAGUGGCAUUCGAUUUAUUUCUCAAAGCCGCAUUCACAGCAAAUCAGCAAACCAUUAUGAUCUUUUGGGUAUCAAGUCGGAUGCAUCCUUGGAGGAAAUAAAAAAUGCAUUUUUUGACAAAUCUAAAAAGGUGCAUCCAGACAGUGACCCCUCUAAUCCAGAUCUUCACACUCAGUUUGUGAAACUAAAUGAAGCCUACAGAGUGCUGAGCAAAGAUAAAAGCCGUAAAGAAAAUACAGACCAUUCAAAUAAAUACAGCUCAGAAGCUUAUGAGAGUCAGCGUUAUUGGGAACAAUUCCGUCAGUCUAAUGCUCAUAACAUGUCAAGUGAAGCAUGGCAGAAGAGAAGGACCCAAAAUCAGCGCGUGUUGGGAUACUGUGUUGCUGCCAUAGUAUUGAGUGUUGGAGUCCACUACGUCCUUUUCAGAAAACUGGAAGAAGUCCACACUAAUUAUAUGGAUGAGAAGGACAGAGUGAUCACUGCAAUUUACAAUGAGGCCAAAGAGCGAGCAAGGGUCAACAGUUUCGAAAAGCAGAAAGAAAUUCUCAGCCAGAAACAUGCAGAGUUUUUGCAGAAAUAUAAAAUGCGUCGUGGUGGAGACGAUUAG